AAUAUCCAGCCACCACACAUCGCAUGCACGCCAUCGUCUGGCUCCACGUUCCACCAUGGAGCUCACAACAGACCGAGGCAUACCGCCACCGACAACAGUUACAGCAACAUCUUCCACCUCUAACACCAGUGAAGAUGGAAGCCCCAGCCACGAUUGGAUGGAGACCUUAGGAGUCAACGAAAAUGCAAGGAAGAAGAUGGAUGAGGCCUUAUGGAUCAACAAUGCAAGGACGAAGGUGAAUCAGGUGCGUCCUAAGAGAGAACCUCUUAUUCCAUGCACCAUCUUCAAGGUCCCCGAGCACAUUCGGCGUUGCGAUGCGCAGGCCUAUGAGCCACUUAUCGUCCCCAUUGGUCCCUACCAUCAUGAACCGUCCCAAAAAUCUGCCAUUCGAGUACACAAGUGGAGGUGCGUGCGGUACCUUCUCUCGCGCCACAGAAGCCCAGAGCAUGCAAGGCAGCUACUGGAUGAUUGCCUAUUGGAGUUGAAGGCCCUUGACGCCAAGAUCCGACGCUGCUACUCGGAGGACUUCCCUCAACUGAAAGCCAACGUGGUGUCAGAACUGAUGCUACUUGAUGGGUGCUUCAUCAUCCAUCUUUUGCUAAAGCAUGCAAAGAAGGAGAGAGAGGAGGGGAAGAAGAGAGGGGAAGUAGUGCUGGAGGUGAAUGAGGAGAGAAAGGAGGGAGGGCAAAUGAUGGCGGAGAAGGAGAAAGGGGAAGAGGAGCAAGGAAGUGGUCUUGAUGAAGGAGCAAGAGGAGCGCAAAGUGACAGGAAAGAGAAGGGGAAAAAGUUUGAGUAUAUUGAGCUGGAGGAAAGAGUAGGGUUGGAGUUUGAGCGGAUAGACCUGGAGUUUGAGAUCGGCGAGGAGGAAGAGGAAAUUGAGGGCCCAUUUGCAGCAGGUUUGUUCACAGUUCGGCUAGUACCGUACGAUCUACUGAAGCUUGAGAACCAAAUCCCUUUCUUCAUCAUCGAAAAGCUAUUUGAAAUCCUCAAAACUCCGGAUGACCAAGGCAUCGAUCUUCCAGAGCAUGCACUCGGACUUUUUCGCAACAUCCAUCCCCAGGAAUCGAAAUCAUUCAGGACAUCGUCCAUGGGUCAGAUCCAUCAUCUGCUCCAUUUGUUCCAUUCUUCUCGCGUCUCUUUGGAAGAAUCUACACAAGGAAAUGCGAGCCCUGAAGCUACGUACGAUUGGAUUCCUAGCGCAACAGAGCUCGCGAUGGCUGGUGUGAAGUUCAGGGAGAAGAGGGAACCGAAAAGCUUCUUGGACAUAACAUUCAAGGAUGGAAAGAUGGAGAUCCCACCGCUGCGAGUCUAUGACCACAUGGGCUCCCUCUUCCGCAACCUCAUAGCAUUCGAGCAAUGCUACUUCGACACCAUGACUUCCGUCACAAUCUAUGCAGUCUUUAUGGACUGCAUCAUCGAUGAGGCCAAGGAUGCACGAUUGCUCCACUUGAAAGGUAUAUUGGUAAACAGGUUAAGCACCGAUGAGGCCAUGGCAGGUCUCUUCAAUCAAUUGUGCAAUCAGAUAUGUUAUGCUGCUGAUAGGAACUACCUCCAGAAUCUGUUUGCGGAGGUGAACAAGUAUUAUAACUCCAAAAUUCAAAAAUGGCGAGCUGGUUUAAUGCGGGAUUAUUUUAAAAAUCCAUGGACUAUUCUUUCGGUGAUAGCGGCAGUCUCGCUCCUCCUGCUAACCAUCGAGCAAGCAGUGUUUUCUGGCUUGUCCUAUUUGCGCCCUCCAAAGGGGUCAUAAAGAUGUAGUCCGACUAUUUCAUUCCCUCCAUGCAAAAUAAAUUAGUGUGUGCUGCUUUGAUCAAGGGUGUUAGGUCCUUAUUUGUGUAUUAGAUACAUGAAUUAAUAUGGUUGUAAAUUUGAGGGUUCUAGUUCUCAGAACUGGAAUUCAAUUUGUGGUCCAAGUUAUUCACUGUUUAGCCAAGUGUUGUGUUUGAAAUUCUCCCAUACAUGCUGGAUUUCUAAAAUAAAUAAUGUACUUCUUAGUUUGAAAUUUAGAUGCAUUUAACAACACCUAUCACUAAUCAUAUUGCUUAUUUAUGGAUAUCAUGUGCAAGGUAUUUGCAGUAUGCUACAGAUUAAGUCCUCUAACAGACGCACACCGCCAAAGGGAGAGGGGAGAGAGAAAAAAAAGAGAGGAAGAUAGGAGGAGAGGAAGGAUAGAGGAGCAAUAAGGGCUUGGCCGGCACCUUUGUCCUCUUUCCUUUUAAUUGA